GCGGGGCUGGUUCCCUGGCCGCAGCCCCUCCUCUUAAAGGGGCCCUGGGCCCGGUGGCUGGGUCUGGCCGGAGGGCGGAGCGUGACUGCUUCUGGUGUCCGCCCUCCAUCCCCGCCCUGGGUGGUCCGAGUGGCCAGAGCCGAGCCCCCGCCUGCCUGCCGGGGCUUCCUCUCCGAGUGGCGCCUCCUUGGGCGUCAGCGCCUGACACCCAGCGAGACCGGACUACCUGCUGGUUGUGAGGGGACAUGGCAGCACUGGUCGGGUGUGAAUACCCAGAAUAGCACGUCCAGACAAAGGUGUGACCAGUGCCUGUCUUCACGAUAGCCCCAACCUCUAAGCUGCGCCCAGUGAGCCACAGGACCCAUCUGAGCUGGGAAGCGGCCCACCAGCCACGAGGCGGCCAGCCCAAGGAGUGGUGACAGCACAGGAGCUCCUGGCUGGGGGGAAGGGAGGAAGGAGGAGAAACAAAGGCGAGUGUGCCUGGCGCCGCCCACCAUGUGUCAGUCAGAGGCUCGGCGAGGACCGGAGCUCGGAGCAGCGAAAUGGUUGCACUUCCCCCAGCUGGCACUGAGGCGGAGGCUGGGACAGUUGAGCUGUAUGUCCAGACCUGCCCUGAAACUGCGCUCCUGGCCCCUGACGGUCCUCUACUACCUCCUGCCCUUCGGUGCCCUCAGACCGCUCAGCCGGGUGGGAUGGAGGCCCGUGAGCAGGGUGGCCCUGUACAAGUCGGUGCCGACGCGCCUGCUGUCGCGGGCCUGGGGCCGCCUCAACCAGGUGGAGCUGCCGCACUGGCUGCGCAGGCCUGUGUACAGCCUGUAUAUCUGGACCUUCGGGGUAAACAUGAAGGAGGCCGCCGUGGAGGACCUGCACCACUACCGCAACCUCAGCGAGUUCUUCCGGCGCAAGCUGAAGCCGCAGGCCCGGCCCGUGUGUGGCCUGCACAGCGUGAUCAGCCCAUCAGAUGGGAAGAUCCUGAACUUUGGGCAGGUGAAGAACUGCGAAGUGGAGCAGGUGAAGGGGGUCACCUACUCGCUGGAGUCGUUCCUGGGUCCACGCAUCUCCACAGAGGACCUGCCCUUCCCGCCAGCUACCCCCUGCGGCUCCUUCAGGAACCAGCUGGUCACUCGAGAAGGCAAUGAGCUCUACCACUGUGUCAUCUACCUGGCCCCCGGCGACUACCACUGCUUCCAUUCUCCCACUGACUGGACCGUUUCCCACCGGCGCCACUUCCCAGGCUCCCUGAUGUCCGUGAACCCUGGCAUGGCCCGCUGGAUCAAAGAGCUCUUUUGCCACAAUGAACGGGUGGUCCUCACUGGGGACUGGAAACACGGCUUCUUCUCGCUGACGGCCGUGGGGGCCACCAAUGUGGGCUCUAUACGCAUCUACUUUGACCGGGACCUGCACACAAAUAGCCCGCGCUACAGCAAGGGUUCCUACAAUGACUUCAGCUUCGUGACGCAUGCCAACAAGGAGGGCAUCCCCAUGCGCAAGGGAGAGCACCUGGGCGAGUUCAACCUGGGCUCUACCAUCGUGCUCAUCUUCGAGGCCCCCAAGGACUUCAACUUUAAGCUGAAAGCUGGACAGAAGAUUCGGUUUGGGGAGGCUCUGGGCUCCCUCUAGAGCCUCUCUCCUGGUGGUGGCUACCGUGGGUGCUUUUCCAAACAGAAACAGGAGGGUCUGUUAGAGGGGAGCCUCCGCGGCUGGUCAGGGAGGGGUCUCAGGGCUGUGGAGUCUGACCAGGCAGGACCUGGGUGACUAGUUUCUGCUGUCCCAGAGAUGUAGAUGAGGUCAGAGCCCCUGUUGACCCUGGACCUAUGUGGUCCCCUCUUCCCACUCUAAAGAGAAAGAACAUGUAGGCCAAGAUAAUCUCAAAUUCCCUUUUGGAGAUUUUUUUAAUCUGUAUAAACUGGAGAACCUAUGUCUCCUGGCUGGGUGUUCAGUUGGUCUUGAUUUCUGUUGUAAGACAGAACUGGUUAUGUAUCCUCCGCACUGCUUUUUGGCCUCCCCUUCUGCCUUUCCUGCACUGACUGGGCUGUGCUGCCCCCAGAGCAGGGCCAUGUGGCCUUUAACACAACUGCUUUCUGUUCCCAAUUCAUCCCACCCUGCUUGUUUGGGAAAAGCUGUCUCUCUGCACUUGUGGCUGAACGCAUCAUCCUGGACUCCGCCAGCGUCUUCUGAGGGGGUCUAAUGGCAUGGCGCUUUGCAGGUCCCAUUGAGUGACCUUCCGGAGCUGGCAAGUCCUCUUUCCAGUAAGCAAGACCAGUUACUGAAUCCCCUGAACGGUGUCCAAAGUGAAUGGACAGGCAGGCAGGGGCCAGGGGAGAGCUUGUCCCCCACUCAUAUCCAGACCCACAUAAAACAUGGUAAGUUGCUGCUGUUGAUUCAGGGGCUUGUGUUGGAAGCAGAGGAGGAGCCUUGGUGUAUUGGGAGGGGGCAGGUCCGUGCCUACCACACCUGUCCCCAGGUAACAGGUACACAAUCCUUAGGGAGCCACCGACAGUGGGACCAGGGUUCAGGUUUCCUGGGGACGCUGUGAAUUUCUCCUGCAGGAGAAGCCAUUUGAACUCUUUCAACUGUAUCAGUAGCACAGUAUUUUUGUAUGAAAAGUGGGAGACUUCUGAACAGUAAUUCAUUUAAUUGCGACAUUUUGAAAUAAAAAAUAAAACUCA